UGAGGUGUGUGAUGGGGCGGCGCCAAUCUUCAGGAACAAGCCCUUGGCCGUGAUCGGAGGAGGCGACUUCGUCAUGGAGGAAUCCACCUUCCUCACAAAGUACAGUUCCAAGGUUUAUAUCAUUCACUGGAGGGACUCGUUUAGGGCAUCCAAGAUUAUGCAAAGCAGAGUUAUUUCCAACCCUAAGAUAGAGGUGAUAUGAAAUUCGGUGGUCGUGGAGGCGUACGGGGAUAGGGUUUUGGGUAGCCUCAAAGUGAAGAAUGUGCUUACCGGAGAGGUUUCCGACUUGCAAGUCUCCGCCCGGUUUGUUCUUUGCAAUCGGGCAUGAGCCGGCCACUAAGUUUUUGGACGGCCAGUUACAGCUUGACUCAGAUGACUAUGUUCUCACUCAUCCGGGUACAACCAAGACCAGCGUGCCCGGCGUUUUCGCUGCCGGAGAUGUGCAGGAUAAGAAGUACAGGCAAGCUGUUACUGCAGUCGGCACUGGGUGCAUGGCAGCCUUGGAAGCUGAACAUUACUUGCAAGAGAUCGGAUCGAGCAAUUGAUCGUUUGAUCAGUGUUCUACCGGAGAUUUUAUUUGAAAGCUGCUUGAUUUGAACCAACUUAUUUAUCCAGGUCUAGAUUCAUCUUUUUUUUUUAAAGAAGGUCUAGAUU